GCUUAAAAUUCCGUGAUAAGCACUUAAAGAUCAGCUGUGAGUUCGUUAUUGGCAUUUAACGUUUUUCUGUGUUACGACGUGCGCACAGAUGUUUGUCAUGAAGAAAUUUCCGUCGCUUCUCUUUGGAUUCUUGUUAUUAGCUUUUUGCCAACCGGACAACGUGUCCAGCGCGACAGUCUCAAAGGUGCCGGCCUUUUUGAGCAAGAAAUGGGAUCCAAACUUCCGAGGUGCAGGUGACAUUGAAAUUGGUCCUGAUCCGACUUUCCAAUGCCCACCCAACACUCCCGUAGCUCCUCAUCCUGAAAGAUGUGAACUGUACUAUACCUGUUAUCCUGGGGCUCCUGUCACUCUUUGGCAAUGCUAUUCAGACUACUUGUUUGACCUCCGCUAUUCCGGUUGCAAUUACCCUUAUGAUACGGAUUGUGGCAACAGACUGCGUCCGGGUCAGACCGCAUCAACGACGACUUCCACAACAACGACUCCCAUAACAACGACUCGACCACCCGUUCCUGAACCGAACGCUCCGGCGUUUACUUGUCCCAGCGACGGAGGUUUUUAUCCUAUUGAUUCCGACGGAUGCUAUCGACAUUAUUACGCCUGCGUCCAAGGAGUAGCUUACGUUAUGCUUUGCCCACGCGAUGAUUUAUUCGAUCCGGUCACGUUUACGUGCGAACCACCAAACGAAGUAUCUUGUCAGGAACCGGCGUUUACGUGUGUGGAGGAUGGGUUCUUUCCUGUCGAAGGCCAAUGUACAGGUGUCUACUUUAUUUGUGCCUCUGGCGUAGCUUACGAAUCGCUUUGCCCUAACAACGGCAUAUUUGAUCCGGAACGCCUCAUCUGCUCCACGGCCGACCAGGCGUCUUGUUCGAAAGGUUCGACUAGCACAACAACUCCCACAACAACCUCUACUACUACUACCCCUACCCCUACCACCACUACUACUACCCCUACCCCUACCACCACUACUACUACCCCUACCCCUACCACUACUACUACUACCCCUACCCCUACCACUACUACUACUACCCCUACUACUACCACUACUACUCCAACAACAACAACAACUACUUCUACUACAACGUCAACCACAACGCCGUCAACAACAACUGCAAGCGGGGAGUUUAUCUGCCCUGGUAGAGAUGGCAAAUAUCCCGAUCCGACGGAUUGCCAUAAAUAUUACGUUUGCAUUUCCGGAAUUGCCUUUCCUUCAAACUGCCCCGAAAAUGGAUGCUUUGAAGCUUCAUCGCAGCUAUGCACGCAGAAUUGCUCGGGAUGCACAUCUUUCUUUUCCGCUUUUAUAUAAAAGGUUCGAUAAUGUUGCAAAAACGAUGGCUAUUGAAAAAACGAAGCCCCAAGACCAACUUUUGAAAACCUUUUUUCUACACUGAAAAAAAAAAUUAAGUUUAAAAUAAACUCUAAGCUACGAAAUAUUAACGAAAUCCAUUAUUAUGACAACGGCAAAAUGACAAAAUAAACACUAUGUAAACGCA